AUGGAAGCUAUAGAUGGAGAUAAAAAUCAAAUUUUCUUCGUAGAUGGUCCAGGUGGUACAGGUAAGACCUUCUUAUAUCGUGCCAUUCUUGCAACUGUUAAGCUUAGAGGGAAAUUUGGUCUUGCUGUAGCUAGCUCAGGUAUUGCUGCCACGUUAUUACAUCGAGGUAAAACAACUCAUAAAACUUUGGGGAUUCCAGUAACAUUGCAUGCUUCAUCAACGUGGAAAUUUAGCAAACAAGAUGUUGAACCACAAUCGGUAAAGCAUGCAGCUGUUAUUAUAUGGGAUGAAGCUACUAUGACUCACCGACAUGCAUAUAAGGCUGUAGGUCGCAGCUUGAGAGAUCUAAUGGAGGUUGACUUUCCGUUUGGUGGCAAGGUUGUAGUAUUUGGUGGAGAUUUUAGGCAAAUUCUUCCAGUUGUGACUAAAGGAACAAAAGCUCAAACCAUUGAUGCAUGUUUAGUUAAAUCAACACUUUGGAGGCAUGUUCAACAACUUCACCUCACUCAAAAUAUGAGAUCCAGACAUGAUGCAGAAUUUGCAGCAUUUCUUUUAAGAGUUGGUGAUGGAAGGGAGCCUGUAGUUAAUGAAGACAUGAUUAAAUUACCAUCUUCAUUAUGCAUCCCAAAUGGCAACCAGAACUUGAUUGAUAACUUAAUCCAUCAGGUAUUCCCAAACUUACCUGAACAUGAAGGGGAUGUGACAUAUAUGGUAGAGAGGGCUAUAAUAACUCCGACAAAUGAUGAGGUUGAUAUGCUCAAUGAGAAGAUACUAAAUGAUUUUGUCGGAGGUGAAAAAAUAUAUUAUUCCUUUGACUCCGUGCCAGAAGACCGUCAAAAUCUUUACCAACAAGAGUUCUUAAAUUCAUUGUCAUUUGGUGGUUUGCCACCACAUCUUUUGAGGUUGAAAGUUGGAUCACCCAUAAUGCUUUUGCGAAAUAUUGAUACAAGUAGCGGCCUAUGCAACAGGACAAGGUUAAUAUGUUGUCAAUUAAUGAAUCAUGUUAUAGAGGCUGAAAUCAUGACUGGACAUUGCAAAGGUACACGGGUAUUCAUUCCACGCAUUCCUUUAAUAACAGCUGAAGAUGCAAAGUUACCAUUUGAAAUGAUUCGAAAACAAUUUCCAGUGAAAUUGUGCUUUGCCUUGACCCAAGGUCAAACCAUUCCUCAUGUUGGUAUUUAUCUUCCCACACACGUUUUUAGUCAUGGCCAAUUGUAUGUUGCACUAUCAAGAGGGACUUCCCAACAAACGACCAAGAUCUUGGUUACUAAUGACAACAUUCAAGGAAAAGAUUAUGGUGUGUUCACUAAAAACGUUAUUUAUAAAGAAGUUCUCCUGCCUCAUUUUACUUAG